AUGGCCAAGCGACGCAACGAGAACGGACAGAUGCGCCGCGAGGAAUACGACGCGGCCGGCGACACAGCGGGCGGCGACUCGGGCGCUGUCGGGUUCCAGCGCGCGAGCGACGCGGCGAUCCGUCGACGGAAAAUCGUCAAAGCGCGAGUGGGGAGUCGCCCAGUAGGAGCAGCGGCCACUGCGACGGCGCGUGAAGCAAAGGCGGACGCGGCUCCGAGAAAUGCGUUUGGAGGUUUCCAGGGAGUCACGACGGCCAAGCCAGCUGCUGGUGCCAACCCGUUCGCUGGGUUUGGUGGUCUCACGGGGUCAUCAGGUGCAGCCACAGCCACGACGGCCAAGCCAGCUGCUGGUGCCAAUCAGUUCGCUGGGUUUGGUGGUCUCACGGGGUCAUCAGGUGCAGCCACAGCCACGACGGCCAAGCCAGCUGCUGGUGCUAACCCGUUCGCUGGGUUUGGUGGUAUCACGGGGUCAUCAGGUGCAGCUACAGCCACGACGGCCAAGCCAGCUGCUGGUGCCAAUCAGUUCGCUGGGUUUGGUGGUCUCACGGGGUCAUCAGGUGCAGCCACAGCCACGACGGCCAAGCCAGCUGCUGGUGCCAACCCGUUCGCUGGGUUUGGUGGUCUCACGGGGUCAUCAGGUGCAGCUACAGCCACGACGGCCAAGCCAGCUGCUGGUGCCAACCCGUUCGCUGGGUUUGGUGGUAUCACGGGGUCAUCAGGUGCAGCUACUGCCACCACGGCCAAGCCAGCUGCUGGUGCCAACCCGUUCGCUGGGUUUGGUGGUAUCACGGGUGCACCGGGUGCAGCUACUGCCACGACGGCCAAGCCAGCUGCUGGUGCCAAUCAGUUCGCUGGGUUUGGUGGUAUCACGGGGCCAUCAGGUGCAGCUACAGCCACGACGGCCAAGCCAGCUGCUGGUGCCAAUCAGUUCGCUGGGUUUGGUGGUCUCACGGGGUCAUCAGGUGCAGCUACAGCCACGACGGCCAAGCCAGCUGCUGGUGCCAAUCAGUUCGCUGGGUUUGGUGGUAUCACGGGUGCACCGGGUGCAGCUACUGCCACGACGGCCAAGCCAGCUGCUGGUGCCAAUCAGUUCGCUGGGUUUGGUGGUAUCACGGGGCCAUCAGGUGCAGCUACAGCCACGACGGCCAAGCCAGCUGCUGGUGCCAAUCAGUUCGCUGGGUUUGGUGGUCUCACGGGGUCAUCAGGUGCAGCUACAGCCACGACGGCCAAGCCAGCUGCUGGUGCCAAUCAGUUCGCUGGGUUUGGUGGUAUCACGGGGCCAUCAGGUGCAGCUACAGCCACGACGGCCAAGCCAGCUGCUGGUGCCAAUCAGUUCGCUGGGUUUGGUGGUCUCACGGGGUCAUCAGGUGCAGCUACAGCCACGACGGCCAAGCCAGCUGCUGGUGCCAACCCGUUCGCUGUGUUUGGUGGUCUCACGGAGUCAUCAGGUGCAGCUACAGCCACGACGGCCAAGCCAGCUGCUGGUGCCAAUCAGUUCGCUGGGUUUGGUGGUAUCACGGGUGCACCGGGUGCAGCUACUGCCACGACGGACAAGCCAGCUGCUGGUGCCAAUCAGUUCGCUGGGUUUGGUGGUCUCACGGGGUCAUCAGGUGCAGCUACAGCCACGACGGCCAAGCCAGCUGCUGGUGCCAAUGAGUCUACUGGGUUUGGUGGUAUCACGGGGUCAUCAGGUGCAGCCACAGCCACGACGGCCAAGCCAGCUGCUGGUGCCAACCCGUUCGCUGGGUUUGGUGGUAUCACGGGUGCACCGGGUGCAGCUACUGCCACGACGGCCAAGCCAGCUGCUGGUGCCAAUCAGUUCGCUGGGUUUGGUGGUAUCACGGGGUCAUCAGGUGCAGCUACAGCCACGACGGACAAGCCAGCUGCUGGUGCCAACGCGUUCGCUGGGUUUGGUGGUAUCACGGGUGCACCGGGUGCAGCUACUGCCACGACGGCCAAGCCAGCUGCUGGUGCCAAUGAGUUCGCUGGGUUUGGUGGUAUCACGGGUGCACCGGGUGCAGCUACUGCCACGACGGCCAAGCCAGCUGCUGGUGCCAAUGAGUUCGCUGGGUUUGGUGGUAUCACGGGGUCAUCAGGUGCAGCUACAGCCACGACGGCCAAGCCAGCUGCUGGUGCCAAUGAGUCUACUGGGUUUGGUGGUAUCACGGGGUCAUCAGGUGCAGCUACUGCCACGACGGCCAAGCCAGCUGCUGGUGCCAACCCGUUCGCUGGUAUUGGUGAUAUCACGGGUGCACCGAGUGCAGCUACUGCCACGACGGCCAAGCCAGCUGCUGGUGCCAAUCAGUUCGCUGGGUUUGGUGGUAUCACGGGUGCACCGGGUGCAGCUACAGCCACGACGGCCAAGCCAGCUGCUGGUGCCAACCCGUUCGCUGGGUUUGGUGGUAUCACGGGUGCACCGGGUGCAGCUACAGCCACGACGGCCAAGCCAGCUGCUGGUGCCAAUCAGUUCGCUGGGUUUGGUGGUAUCACGGGGUCAUCAGGUGCAGCUACUGCCACGACGGCCAAGCCAGCUGCUGGUGCCAAUGAGUUUACUGGGUUUGGUGGUCUCACGGGGUCAUCAGGUGCAGCUACAGCCACGACGGCCAAGCCAGCUGCUGGUGCCAAUGAGUUUACUGGGUUUGGUGGUAUCACGGGGUCAUCAGGUGCAGCUACUGCCACGACGGCCAUGCCAGCUGCUGGUGCCAACCCGUUCGCUGGGUUUGGUGGUAUCACGGGGUCACCGGGUGCAGCUACUGCCACGACGGCCAAGCCAGCUGCUGGUGCCAACCCGUUCGCUGGGUUUGGUGGUAUCACGGGGCCAUCAGGUGCAGCUACAGCCACGACGGCCAAGCCAGCUGCUGGUGCCAACCCGUUCGCUGGGUUUGGUGGUCUCACGGAGUCAUCAGGUGCAGCUACAGCCACGACGGCCAAGCCAGCUGCUGGUGCCAAUCAGUUCGCUGGGUUUGGUGGUAUCACGGGUGCACCGGGUGCAGCUACUGCCACGACGGCCAAGCCAGCUGCUGGUGCCAAUGAGUUUACUGGGUUUGGUGGUCUCACGGGGUCAUCAGGUGCAGCUACUGCCACGACGGCCAAGCCAGCUGCUGGUGCCAACCCGUUCGCUGGGUUUGGUGGUCUCACGGAGUCAUCAGGUGCAGCUACAGCCACGACGGCCAAGCCAGCUGCUGGUGCCAAUCAGUUCGCUGGGUUUGGUGGUAUCACGGGUGCACCGGGUGCAGCUACAGCCACGACGGCCAAGCCAGCUGCUGGUGCCAAUGAGUUUACUGGGUUUGGUGGUCUCACGGGGUCAUCAGGUGCAGCUACUGCCACGACGGCCAAGCCAGCUGCUGGUGCCAACCCGUUCGCUGGGUUUGGUGGUAUCACGGGGUCACCGGGUUUAGCUACUGCCACGACGAGCGUAGCUUCCAGUAACAGUAUCACUGUUGCGGCCUCGAGUUCGUUCAAGCAAGCGAUGGAGCAACUCAACAUAGCUUUCUUGGCCUUUGUCGAUGACGAAUUGCAGACGAAACCGAGUGUCAGUUGGGUGGUGGCGGUUCAGGAUUACGUGAAGUGUGCGGCCGAGAUUGAGGCCAAGCAUGCGGCGGCAAAGGCCACUACUGUUUCUGAGGCUAAGUGGGCAUCCACACUCGCACCUCUCCCGGUUGGCUCAAUGUCGGCUUCUACUGCAAUUACACAGCCUGCUACGUCUGCAUCCAGUGCGCCACUUUCCUUUGGCGUAAGUAAUGCUGGCGUCAGUACGAAGGAUGGAUCAGUGAAGGCCCCGACAAGCGAUGGGCUUGCAUUCGGUGGUGGAGCCACUGAGAAGGAGCACAAACGGGCGAAGUUAACACCGACGACAACGGCUACUGCUGUUUCUAUGCUGGCGCCCACACCCGAACCUUUUUCGGCGCUUGGCUCAAUGUCGGCCCCUGCUGCAAUCCCACAGCCCGCUACGUCUGCGUCCAGCGCGCCACUUUCUUUUGGCGUAAGUAAUGCUGGCGCCAGUACGAAGGAUGUAUCAGUGAAGGCCCCGACAAGCGAUAGACUUGCAUUCGGCGGUGGAGUCGCUGAGAAGGAGGACAAACGGUCGAAGUCAACAUCAGGGGAGAUGUGGGGCGGUAUUGGUUGCACGGACUCUAUAUUUUCUGCCAAGCCUUCAGCCGAAAAGGAGACGACCACAGCUGCAUUCUCGUUCGAGGUAUUGCCUACGCCAGCGGUUCCUGUAGCCUCAUCUCCUCCUGCCACGAGCAGGCUCGCAUUCGGCAACAUGAGUGCUGCUACAAGCGCUACGCCUGCCUCGAGUACAGGAACAAGCUUCGGACAUUCAGCUCCAGCAGCUUCAACGUCUACUUCUGCGAGUGUGGGAGAUGACAAGGAGGAAACCAUCGGACGCGAGGAGGCUACGGUGAUUAUCAAGGCUGAUUCUCCUGACGACGACUGCACGUUUGAAGCUGACAAGGCGAAGAUCUUUGAGUUCAAGAAGGACGAGAGACGCUGGGCAGACAAAGGCGUGCACCCUCUCAAGGUGCUCGUGAGCAAAGACGGAAAGAGUGCGCGCAUACUCGUCCGCAACGCGAUCGGUAAGGUCGUGCUGAACUCGGCGCUGUACAAGGGCAUGACUGUACAACCGCACACGGAGACCUCGGGGAAGAAGUCGGGCGUAUCUCUGGCGCUGCAGGGUGACAGCAGCGACCUGACGCGGUUCUUGAUCAAGGUGAACGUCGCACGUGUCGAUGACUUGAUCAAGGCUCUUGAAGCUGCAGCUGGGUCGUUGUAG